AUGGACAGUCAGAUGCAGCACAGGCUCGAGGUACUUCGGAACAAGUUAGGCCGUCAGCGCACACCUGUCCCUCCGGUUCCACCCGCUCUCUCUUCUCUCAAGCAGCCCGCUUCGGUUUCGCUCGGAAUGGAGACUUCCGAGGCAGGCGCUGAGGGGAAAGAGGACUCAGGCGCGCCCGCAGCUGCAGCCGAGACAGGAGCUCAGUUUUCGCCUUCAUCUUCUUCCUCGUGCUCUGCGCCGUCUUCAUCCGGUUCUUCCGCUUCUUCGUUUCCAGGCGAAACAGUGAGAGAAGCGGAGGGCGCUGUGGAGAGGUCGGGCGAGAGAGGCGCGCACGUGAACGGAGCGGGGCCAGAGACUCUCGCGUCCGUGCCGGGAACUGCGGCUCUGCUUGCAGCCGCUUCCGCUCGAUCCGCGCUCCGUUCUGGGCCGGCGUCUGCGGCUGCUCAGUCGUUUGCUGACACGUCUUCGAGCGUCCGUUCGCGCUUCGUGGGCUUGUCGGACAUGACAACCUCCACAGCGCGUCGCAUCGUUCUUCUCGAAGGGAGGAAGAAGAGCACUGCAGCGCUCUUGACCGAAAGCCUUCGCCCCUCGCGUUCGCCCUCGCACCCUCGCGGAGACGCCGAGAAAAUGCGUGCUUCUGGUUCGCUGUCCGGUUGUGAGACGGAGCGCGAGGCGCCCGCAGAGGCGACGGGGCCUACGUCGCGGCCGCGCGUUUCCGAGCUGCAACAGUGGCGCUCGCGACUGAGAGAGAACGUGGAGAAGCAACUCGAGGAGUUUCAGACGCGCGCGCGGUCGCAAAAGGUUCUUGCGCCGCGGCGGGCGACCUCGAAGGAGCCCAGCGACGGAGAAGCCGAGACGGAUCCGAGCGGCGCGCGAAAUCCCGCCCGGGGUGGACCGGGAGAAGAACCGGAGGUGGGCGAUGAACAGCCGGGAGACCGCGUGGUGGGGACGAAGAGCGACGGCAGAGAGGCGGACUUGAGGGCUGCAGACCGCGGAGAGGGCGACGAAGAGAGAGGAAACAAUGGAGGAUUCCACCAGGGAGACGCCGCGAAGGGAGACGACAGCAGGGCCGUGGAUUCGCACGCGGUUUCGUCUCCGACGUCUCGCCUCCCUGCCAGUCGAGAGGCCAACAAGGAAGGCGAGAGAGACGCGAGCGAAGAUGGCGCCGACUUCGAGCGGCCUUUGUCCAAGAGUCCCUUGAGUCGCUUCCACCCGCACCGCCCUCUGAAGAAUGCGCACCUGCGCGAUGUGCAUGUUGCUGAGCGCCAAGAAGACACUUCUCACGCGGCCAGCGGCGCCGUGAGCAGCCCGGAAGCCGGAGCGAGUGCGCGACAUGCCUCGCAGGGUCGCGAAGAGCGGCACGGCGGGCGGAGUCGCCAUCCGCACGAAGAGCCUCGUUCGCGGGGAGGCGCGUGCAGUAAAGACGGCGGGUCUGCCGCGCGUUUCGCAGCGGAUCGCGAGCGAGACGCCAGGGACGAGCGCGAGAGGCGCGAAGGCCAGGCGUUGCUGGACCGAGACAAGAAGCGCGAGGGCGGAGGCCGCGGGGAGGCGCACCGGCGUCGGUCACCGCGGAGGGAGCGCAGCUCGGAGGACGAGGCGCGGCGAGAAGAUGUGGUUGUGGGUGGGCGCCCCGAGAGGAGAAGAGGGAGGAGCCGAAGUCGCGAGCGGAGGAGACACGAGGGGAACGCGCGGGCGCACCACCAGGAGUUGGCUGCGCGGCGAGAAGAGGAGACGCGCGAGAGAGAGAGGCGCGAGGAAGACGCCGGCAGGGACGCGCGCGAUCGAGGGAAAGGCGGCCGCGAGAGAGAGCGCGAGAGAGGACGCGAGAGAGAAGGCUCUUCCCACGGCGGCUCGGCGUCGGCGGGACGCCGGAGCGACGAGCGCAGAAGAGAGGAGGCGAGCGGCGGGCGAGUCGAGGGGCGAAGGAGGAGAGACGACUCUGAGCGGCGAGAAGAGGCGCGCGCGUCCGGGUCCGAAGGCGGGGAGCGCGAGGAGAGGGAGCUCGCGAGUCAGCCAGGGAAUCGAACAAAGGCGGCGGGGCGGGGUGCGAGCGGGAGGCGCCUCAGCGAGGAGCGGAGGAGCCGAUCGGCGAGUCCGAUCACGCGCGAAAACAGUCCAGAGACAGAGGAGAAGCAGAGGGCGGUGCGAGAGCGAGACAGCGCGAAGCGGGCGCCGCGUGACCGGGAGGGGCGAGGCCGAGAGCGCGAAGAAGAGAGAAAGCGGCCGCGAGCCGCGGGGUCGGGCGGCGAGAUGGAGGCCGAGGGGGACAGUCUGCGCGCGACGGCGCUGGGGAAGAGAGAAGCCGCAGAAGAGAGAGAAGAAGGCGAAAUCGACGAGGACGAACCCGAGAUGAGGGAAGAAGACCCUGCGCAGAAACCUGACGGCGGGGAGACGAAGCAGAACGAAGAGAAAAAGAAAGAGAAGGAGGAGAAGGAGAAGAAGAAGAAGGAGGAGAAGAAGAAGGAGAAAGAGAAGGAGGAGAAAGAGGAAGAGGAGAAAGAGAAGGAGGAGAGGGAGGAGAAUGAGAGAGAGGAGAGGGAGGAGAAUGAGAGAGAGGAGGAGGAGAUGGAGAGAGAGGAGGAGGAGAAGGAGAGAGAGGAGAAAGAGAAAGAGGAGAAAGAGGAGAACGAAGACGAGCGGGAAGAGCUGUUUACGCCGGAGCCUGGGGAAACGGAGAUGCUGCUGACACCCGAAGAUGGAGGGCAAGUCGACGCGUCUGUUGGGCAGCCGAGCGUGGAGGAGAGCGAGAGGCGACGGAGAGACGGCUCGGAUCGGGCGAGUGGCCAAGAGGGGAAGGGCGUUGGCCGCGCCCUCGAGGCUUCGCGACUGAGCAGAGAGCCUCGGGCCGGGAGUGACGGCGACGGGCGCGGCGAGGACGAGGGCGAAGAUGACGCGUGUUUGUCUGCGAGACCGGGCGCGGAGGCGGCCCCAGACGGGGCGAGGGAGCGCGGUGGGGAAGACGACGAGUGCAGUCCAGAGGAGGACGUGGAUCCUGAGGAGCGCGAGGAGGAGGAGGAGCUCCAGAGACAGCUGCAGAGCGUGGGCGCGAGUUGCAAGUGCAAGCGCAGCAGCAGCCUGAUGUACGGAUGCCGCAGAGUCGAGAUCUUCAAGAAACUCAACAAGAUCAGCGAGGGAACCUACGGCGCAGUCUUCCGAGCCAUGAACCGCACCACGGGCGAAAUUGUGGCUCUCAAGCAGAUAAAAUACCACAACCGCCUGUGGAGCGAGGGCUUUCCGGUGACGAGUUUGCGAGAGAUUUCCAUCAUGCUGGAGUUGCAGCACCCGAACGUCCUCGAUGUCCAGGAGGUCGUGGUCGGGACGGGCCAGCAUCAAGUCUUCAUGGUGAUGGAGUACAUUGAGCAUGAAGUCAAGACGCUAUUGGACGAGAAGCCGGAGUUUUCUACCGCCGAGAGGAAGUGCCUCCUCUACCAGCUUCUCGAGGCCCUGGCGUACAUGCAUGCGAACUUUGUCUUCCACCGCGACCUGAAGCCGAGCAACUUGCUAUACUCCAAUCGAGGGGUGCUCAAGGUCGCCGAUUUCGGCAUGGCUCGGAAGUUCGGUUUUCCGCUCCACAACCGCGUCUUCACCAAGAACGUCGUGACGCUCUGGUACCGCCCGCCCGAAAUCCUCCUCGGCGAGGGAACCUACGACGCUGCUUGCGACGUCUGGGCCGUCGGCGCAAUUUUCGGCGAGUUUCUUCGAAAGAAGCCUCUCUUCGCAGGCCACGGCGAACUGGACACGCUGAACAAAAUCUUCAAACUCUGCGGUACCCCGACGGAGACGUCUUGGCCGGAAUUCAAUUCGUUGCCCCACAUCAAAAACAAGAAGUUCUUCACCUCGCCGCCUCAGUGUCAGCCUUCGUGGCGAGAGGUCUUCCCCCCACCUUCGAAACACCUGGCGAUGGGGAGCAGCGGUGUGUUGACCGAUCUCGGCCUCGAUCUCCUCCAGAAGCUUCUCGAGCUCAACCCCGCGAAGCGCAUCACGGCUGCUGAGGCGCUUCAGCACGAAUAUUUCCAGGAAAAACCCAGGCCGCAGCUGAAGGAACUGAUGCCAACCUUCCCCGACACAAACAGCCAAGAUCAAGACUCGUUCCGCUUCGGCGCUCGGGUGGAUGCUGAGAAGUUUCUCUCUGCUCUGGCAGACCAAACAAAGGAGAAGAAGAAAGACAAGACGACGGGUGCCCGGAAGGGCCGGUAA